AUGUCGAGUUCUUGUUCUUCAGACCAGGCAUUUGUCACCUUGGCCACAAAUGAUAACUACGCCAAAGGGGCGAUGGUGCUGGGAAAGUCCCUUAAGAACCAUAAGACAUCCAGAAAGCUGGUUGCACUCGUUGGACCCCACGUGUCAGAUCCAUCCAGGGAGGUCCUUCGUCAGAUCUAUGAUGAGGUUAGACUGGUGGAUGUGCUGGACAGUGGCGACACAGCACAUCUGGCCAUGAUGAAGAGGCCCGAUCUGGGCGUCACCUUCACGAAGCUCCACUGUUGGACCCUCACGCACUACUCCAAAUGUGUGUUCAUGGACGCAGACACACUGGUGCUAUCAAACAUUGAUGAGCUGUUUGACAGAGAGGAGCUCUCUGCAGCACCAGACCCUGGCUGGCCUGACUGCUUCAACUCUGGAGUCUUUGUGUUCCGCCCCUCCAACGAGACCUACGGCAAACUCCUUCAGUACUGUACAGAGCACGGCAGCUUUGAUGGAGGGGACCAGGGAGUUCUGAAUGGCUUUUUCAGCAACUGGUCAACGGCCGACAUCACCAAGCACCUUCCUUUCAUCUACAACAUGAGCAGCAUAGCCAUCUACACUUACCUUCCAGCCUUUAAACAAUAUGGUGCCAAUGCCAAGGUUGUCCACUUCCUGGGACAGACCAAGCCAUGGAGUUACACAUACGACCCCAAAGAGCGGCGUGUGAGAGGGGACACCCAUGAGGCUUCCUCCCAUCCCAGCUUCCUACUGCAGUGGUGGGCCCUGUACAGCAGCUCCGUGGUUCCCAUGCUGCAAGCGGCCUACGGAGACCAACCCUUUCUGUCUGGCUGUGAGGAGGAGCUGUCACAGAUCGCCCAUCUUGCACCUCCCCCUAUGUCCUCAGAGGAGCGGAAGCAGAAGUGGGAGCAGGGCCAGGCUGACUACAUGGGAAUAGACUCUUUUGACAACAUCCAGAAGAAGCUUGAUGCUUUUCUUAAAUAAAGAGAGAGAAAGGGAGGGAAAAGAAAUGAGUAUUAAAGCAGUACACUUCCAGUUUUACACGAUGAGUUUUGAAAGCAGAGCACAUACGUAGAUAUGUACGGAUAUGACGAUAUUUGUAAGAUGAAUGGUUGAAUGGUUCCUUUUCAGUACUAUGCAAUACUGUGACUGUGCAGUAUGUUCACCUCAGCGUUCUUCCUUGGGUUUUUUUUUUUCUUU